GAAUGACGUACGGAUCUGGUGCGGGGCGGGGUUUUAGGCGGGCGGCGCAAAAAUCUCCGCCCGCGGCAGAAAAAGAGUAGUCUGUCGCGCGGGGCACUUCGAAUUCGAUUUCCCAAUCCACCCAACAACAACCAACCACCAGAGUUUGUUAUCGGUCCCCAAAGAGACCUUCCAUUGUAUACCCACCACAUUGAACAUUCUUCAAAGCAUAUCCCCACACACACAAUCGUCAAAAUGUCGAAGCCUUUCGAUCCCGAGACCGCGGAGAACUUGGACGAUAUGGAGAAGCAGUUUGCCGUCAAGGCCGUGGAGCACUUGAUGACAUACUGGGCGAUCCUCGAGAAGGUCCGCGGCUCGCAGCUCCGUCUGACCAAGAUGGACGAUGAGAUCUACGAGUCCUUCAUGAAGGAGUUCCCGGACUUCGACCCCGCCGAGACGCUGAACGAGGACACGAUGAAGAGCAAGGAGGGCAAGGAGAAGUGGCGCAACUGGAUGAACCAGUAUGAGAAGACCGUCACCGACUUCAACUUUGGAACUAUGCUCCGCUCCAACCCCAAAUUCGAGUACGACCAGGAGACGACUAUCUUUGCCAUGCGCAUGCAGUUUUACGCGAUCGAGAUCGCCAGAAACCGCGCUGGACUCAACGACUGGAUCUACGAGAAGGCCCAGAAGGCGAGCUCCUAGAUGUGUGCCACGGAGUACUGGAAAAACCUUUCCUUGGCCCUUCUAGAAUAGUCGCACGAAUGACUGGAUCCGUUCCCCAGCUCCCAAUCCUGCAUUCGCUGUCGCUUUAUGGGAUAGUGCAACGACUCGAGUUCAUAGUCAUCCCACUUCACGGCCCGUUCAUGGUCCAAUGGAUCGUUCGGUAGCGGCCGUAAAUGUUGCUUCUAAUGACCUUGGCAGAGAGUCUGGGUUCCCUGCGAG